UUGGCCAGCGACCCAUCCAUUCAUAGACUGAAGAGAUUUCGUUCAGUGGCUGUGAAUUCCAGUAAGAAUUGGACAGCAGAAAGGUUCAUGACUGGACAGGCCCUCCUGGAGAACAUUCGGGAUUUCUGAACUAUUGUGCUGAUCAGUCGCAAAUGGAGGAGGCAGCCAGAGAAGGUAUUAGUCUCCUGGCCAAGUUGGACACUGAGGAAGGAGAGAGGCCAAACCUGUCCUCUUCUGGAGCAGUAUUCAUCAUGUUAAAAUCAGCUCUGGGUGCCGGACUCCUCAACUUCCCCUGGGCAUUCAGCAGGGCUGGGGGAUUACACACAGCUAUCAUUGUGGAAAUGGUAUCCCUUGUCUUUCUGAUCAGUGGGCUGGUGAUCCUUGGCUACUGUUCCUCGAUCAGCAGGUGCUCGACGUACCAAGGAGUGGUGAAGGCGAUCUGUGGCCCCACCAUCGGAAGACUCUGUGAAAUCUGUUUCAUCUUCAAUGUCUUCAUGAUUUCCAUUGCAUUCCUUGUCGUGGUGGAAGACCAGCUCAGCAAACUGUGCGAUUCAAUGUCUGACAACGCAACCUCGUUGGGUGCUGUGGAUUCGGAACGGUCUUGGUACAUGGACCGCCGGCUGGGGAUCUCUGCUGUGUGCCUGUUCAUCAUUCUGCCAUUGUCAGUCCCUGAGGAGCUUGGUUUCCAGAAGUACAUCAGCAUCCUGGGGACCUGCGCAGCUACCUACUUAACAAUUAUGGUCGUUGUGAAAUUCUACCUGAUGGAUUUGGAUUCUAUCCCAGAGCUUCACAACCCCAGCCUCUCCUCAUGGACGGGGUUGUUCACUGUAGUCCCAACGAUCUGCUUUGGAUUCCAGUGUCACGAGGCCAGCGUGGCUAUCUACAGUAGCAUGAAGAACCAGGCACUCUCACACUGGAUCCUCAUCUCCUGCCUCUCCAUGCUCGCUUGUCUUCUCAUUUACUCCGUCACAGGGAUGUAUGGAUACUGGACAUUUGGUACAGGUGUGGCAGCGGAUAUCCUGAUGUCUUAUCCAGACAACGAGGUGCUGGUUAUCAUGGGCAGGCUGCUCUUUGGCAUCUCCAUUGUUACCAUCUAUCCCAUAAUAUUGCACCUGGGCAGGUCUGUCAUCCAGGAGUUGUGUGUAACGAGCAGGACCAGACAUGUGGCGAGGGCCGGAGGCUAUGGGAGGAGGCCGAGGGUGCUGCUGACCACUGGCUGGGUGCUGCUGAGCCUGGGAGCGGCCCUCUUUGUCCCGGACAUCUCCGAGAUUGUCGGCCUCAUUGGAGGAGUCAGCGCCUUCUUCAUUUUCAUUUUCCCAGGCCUGUGUCUACUGCGGGUGGUGCAGAGGGAAGGUGCCGUUCCGAGAGUAAGGUGGGCUUUGAUUCUGUGGGCAAUGGUGACAAUCCUGUGCGGAGUCUUUAUCUUCGGACAGAGCUCAGCCGCUGCAGUCAUGGAGCUGAUCGAGAGACUGGGUUGAUCGCUGGCCAAGCGAGGCCAGUGUUUAGUAUGUUCACAAUGCUCACAAAGAACAGACACUGUAACCUUCUUAUUUCAUAAAUU